CGUUUCCAACAUGCCGGCGCCCAGGCGCGGCUGUAGCACGUGAGAAAGAGUUUGGACACCUGGGGAUCCGAGAGCGCAAGUGUGUCAACGAGUUUCCCCUCGUUCCCUUCUGUUGCAUCCCUCCGACCUCUCCCCGGGCCCUCGUGGGCCGCCGCCGCCCCGCCGUCAUGAAGCCAAAGCCCGUUUCCCACAAGACGGAGAACACACACCGUUUUCUAACAUUUGCUGAACGAUUGGGGAAUGUGAAUAUCGAUAUUAUUCACCGGAUUGACAGAACUGCGAGCUACGAUGAGAUUCCUUUCAUAUCUAGUUCAGUAAUGUAUAGUACACUCCUGGCUCAUAAAAAACUACAUAUAAGAAAUUUUGCGGCUGAAAGCUUUACUUUUUUGAUGAGAAAGGUUUCUGAUAAAAACUCACUUUUCAAUUUAAUGUUUCUUGAUCUUGAUGAACAUCCGGAAAAGGUAGAAGGAGUUGGGCAGUUGCUCUUUGAAAUGUGCAAAGGAGUGAGAAAUAUGUUUCACUCCUGUACAGGAAAGGCAGUGAAGCUAAUUUUGCAAAAGCUAGGACCAGUUACUGAAACAGAAACUCAACUGCCAUGGAUUUUAGUUGGAGAAGCACUAAAAAACAUGGCCAAAUCCACCGCUUUCUACAUCUACAAGGAACAUUUUGGUGUAUUUUUUGAAUGUUUGCAAGAGUCACUCCUGGAUCUGCAUACAAAAGUAACCCAAACUAACUGUGGUGAAAGCUCUGAACAGAUUAAAAGGUUGUUAGAAACAUAUCUGAUACUUGUAAAACAUGGAAAUGGAUCAAAGAUAACCAAGCCUAUUGAUGUUUGUAAAGUAUUGUCUCAAACAUUACAAAUAGCCCAUCUCUCCACAUCUUGCCGGGAGACCCUCUUGGAUGUCAUUUCUGCUCUGAUCCUUGGCGAAAAUGUUGCCUUGCCAGAGACCCUCAUCAAAGAAACUAUAGAAAAAACUUUUGAGAGCCAAUUUGAAAGACGUUUAAUUUUGGACUUUUCUGAAGUCAUGUUUCCUAUGAAGCAAUUUGAGCAGCUUUUUCUACCCAGCUUUCUAUUAUAUAUUGAGAAUUGCUUCUUGAUUGAUGACACCGCAGUCAAAGAUGAAGCUCUGGCUAUUUUGGCCAAGCUUAUUCUGAACAAAGCUGCACCACCCACUGCUGGCUCGAUGGCAAUUGAGAGGUACCCUCUGGUUUUCUCACCACAGACAGUGGAAUCCUAUGUGAGGCUGAGGAAGACCAGAUCCAAGGGAGGGAAGGAACAGAUCCCAGUAUUGGACCACCUUCUGUCUAUAAUUCAGUUACCUCCAAAUAACGAUACUACUUUCCUCUCAUGUUCUUGGGCAGCCCUUGUCGUGUUACCUCAUAUUAGACCCCUUGAGAAAGAGAAGGUGAUACCACUAGUCACAUGCUGCAUAGAGUCACUCUUCAUGACGGUUGACAGAGGGAGCUUUGGGAAAGGAAACUUGUUUGUUCUUUGUCAAGCUGUAAAUACUCUGCUGAGUUUGGAAGAAUCUUCUGAGCUUCUUCAUUUGGUUCCCGUGGAACGUGUGAAGAAUUUAGUAUUAAUGUUUCCUUUGGAGCCAUCUGUGUUGCUGUUGGCUGAUCUCUAUUAUCAGAGAUUAUCCUUAUGUGGCUGCAAGGGGCCACUUUCUGAAGAAGCUUUAAUGGAAUUAUUUCCCAAGUUACAAGCAAACAUUUCAACUGGUAUAUCCAAGAUUCGGCUUUUGACAAUAAGGAUCCUAAACCACUUUGAGGUUCGACUUCCGGAACUAAUGGAGGAUGACGGGCUCUCGGAGCGGCAGUCCGCCUUCGCUGUGCUGCGCCAGGCAGAACUCGUCCCCGCGACUGUGAACGAUUACAGAGAGAAGCUCCUCCACUUGAGGAAGCUAAGACAUGAUGUGGUGCAGACCGCAGUCCCUGACGGGCCGUUACAGGAGGUGCCGCUUCGUUAUUUAUUAGGCAUGUUGUAUGUUAACUUCAGUGCUCUUUGGGAUCCUGUUAUUGAACUCAUAAGCUCUCAUGCACAUGAAAUGGAAAAUAAGAAAUUUUGGAACGUCUACUAUGAACAUCUAGAAAAAGCAGCUACCCAUGCUGAGAAAGAACUGCAAAAUGAUAUAAGAGAUGAGGAGAAGUUCAUAGGAGAUGAAAGUUGGGAGCAGACUCAAGACGGAGAUGUUGGAGCGCUUUAUCUUGAGCAGUUAGAAUUGAAAACCAACUGUCAGGAAAGACUGGACCAUACCAAUUUCUGAUCCCUGCUGUGGCGAGCUCUGGCAAAAUUCCCAGAAAGGGUAGAGCCACGGUCCAGGGAGCUUUCCCCGCUUUUCUUGAGAUUCAUCAACAACGAGUAUUACCCAGCAGAUCUGCAGGUCGCUCCAACCCAGGAUCUGAGAAGAAAAAGCAAAGGAGUGGCAGCGGAGGAAACAGAAGAACCUGCUGCUGGGGACGACGAAGAGUUGGUGGAAGAGGACGUGCCCCAAGAUGAACCCUCACAGAAGAAAACAACAAGAAGAGCUGCAACCAAGCAAUUAAUCGCUCAUUUGCAAGUUUUCUCUAAGUUUUCGAAUCCACGGGCCUUGUAUCUGGAAUCCAAAUUAUAUGAGCUCUAUCUUCAGUUGUUGCUCCACCAAGAUCAGAUGGUACAAAAAAUAACCCUGGAUUGCAUAAUGACGUAUAAACAUCCACAUAUUCUCCCUUACAGGGAAAAUUUACAGAGAUUGCUUGAAGACAGAAGCUUUAAGGAAGAGAUAGUGCAUUUUAGCAUUUCAGAAGAUAAUACAGUAGUGAAAACGGCCCACCGAGCAGAUCUGUUUGCUGUUCUGAUGAGGAUUUUGUAUGGGCGAAUGAAGAAUAAGACUGGGAGUAAAACUCAGGGGAAAUCUGCAUCAGGCACCCGCAUGGCCAUUGUUCUGAGGUUCCUGGCUGGGACCCAACCAGAGGAGAUCCAGAUAUUCUUGGACCUGCUGUUUGAACCUGUGAAGCACUUCAAGAAUGGAGAAUGCCAUUCUGCAGUCAUCCAGGCAGUGAAAGAUUUGGAUUUGUCUAAAGUUCUUCCUGUAGGUCGCCAGCAUGGUAUCUUAAAUAGCCUUGAAAUAGUAUUGAAGAACAUUAGCCAUCUGAUCAGUCCAUACCUACCAAAGAUCUUGCAGAUACUGCUCUGCAUGACAGCGACUGUGUCACACAUCCUUGACCAACGAGAAAAGAUACAGCUGAGGUUUAUCAACCCCCUGAAAAAUUUAAGACGUCUUGGAAUCAAAAUGGUAACUGAUAUCUUUUUGGAUUGGGAGUCCUAUCAGUUUGGAACAGAAGAAAUUGAUGCUGUAUUUCAUGGUGCAGUUUGGCCCCAGAUCAGCAGGCUUGGAACUGAGAGUCAGUAUUCUCCUACUCCUCUGCUGAAACUAAUUAGUAUCUGGAGCAGAAAUGCAAGAUACUUCCCUUUUCUGGCUAAACAGAAACCAGGGCACCCAGAAUGUGACAUCCUGGUCAAUGUUUUUGCGAUUCUCUCAGCAAAGAAUCUCUCUGAAGCCACAGCCAGUAUUGUGAUGGACAUAGUCGACGACCUUCUCACCCUUCCUGAUUUUGAGCCCACAGAAACAGUCUCGAGCUUGCCCGUGACUGGAUGCGUGUACACAGAAAAUACAGACGAGUCUAUCACAAUAGGAGGACGAUUAAUUCUACCUCAUGUACCUGCAAUUCUCCAGUAUCUCAGCAAAACCACAAUAAGUACAGAAAAGGUGAAAAAGAAAAAGAACAGGGCACAAGUCAGUAAGGAACUGGGCAUUCUUUCCAAGAUCAGCAAGUUUAUGAAAGACAAAGAGCAGAGUUCUCUCCUCAUUACACUACUGCUUCCCUUCCUCCACCGUGGCAAUAUUCCUCAGACUCUAAGCUGUAUGGACACAACAGAAGCGACUGAGCUGCCAGAGCCUGAAGCUGUGGAAUUAGAGCUAGUGGAUGAAGAAGAGAUAGAGAAGAGAUGUAAGAGUUUGUCAGAUGGCAACGAAGAAGCAGGAAACCCUGACCCAGCUGAUUGUGAGGAAACGUCACCUAAGGAAACUGAGUGUGUCACCAAGUCCUUCUCUUCCCUUCCCCGGAAUAAGGAAGAAUUGGAGAGAACAAUUAAGAAUAUCCAAGGAGCCAUAACAGGGGAUAUCCUACCCAGGCUCCAUAAAUGCCUGGCAUCUACGACUAAACGGGAAGAAGAACACAAGCUCAUAAAGUCCAAGGUUGUGAAUGAUGAAGAAGUGGUUCGAGUUCCUUUAGCUUUUGCCAUGGUUAAACUAAUGCAGUCGCUUCCCCCAGAAGUUAUGGAAACUAACCUCCCAAGUAUUUUGCUAAAAGUGUGUGCCCUCCUCAAGAACAGAGCACAAGAAAUCAGAGACAUUGCACGCAGCACUCUUGCAAAAAUAAUAGAAGAUCUGGGUGUGCACUACCUGCAAUAUAUUUUAAAAGAAUUACAGACUACCCUUGUCCGUGGCUAUCAGGUCCAUGUCCUGACUUUCACUGUUAACAUGUUGCUGCAUGGCCUCACCUACAAGCUGCAAGUCGGAGAUUUGGACUCUUGUUUAGAUAUAAUGUUAAAGAUUUUCAACCACGAGUUGUUCGGUGCCAUUGCCGAAGAGAAGGAAGUGAAGCAGAUCCUCUCCAAAGUCAUGGAGGCCCGCAGAAGCAAGAGUUACGAUUCUUAUGAAAUCCUGGGCAAGUUUGUAGGAAAAGAUCAGGUGACAAAACUGAUCCUUCCGCUAAAAGAGAUCUUACAAAAUACCACGAGUUUAAAACUGGCCCGGAAAGUUCAUGAGACCUUACGCCGAAUCAUUGCAGGACUGAUUAUAAAUCAGGAAAUGACAGCAGAAUCCAUUCUAUUGCUCAGUUAUGGUUUGGUCAGUGAAAAUCUCCCCCUGUUAACAGAGAAAGAAAAAAAUCCAGCAGCCCCUGCCCCGGAUCCACGUCUGCCACCCCAGAGCUGUCUUCUGCUCCCCCCAACUCCAGUUCGAGGCGGGCAGAAAGCUGUUGUGAGCAGGAAGACCAACAUGCACAUAUUUAUUGAGUCUGGGCUUCGGUUGCUGCAUCUGAGUCUGAAAACUUCCAAGAUCAAGUCUUCGAGUGAACGGGUUCUGGAAAUGUUGGAUCCUUUUGUGUCUCUCCUCAUAGACUGCCUGGGUUCCAUGGAUGUGAAGGUGAUCACAGGUGCUUUGCAGUGCCUGAUCUGGGUCUUGCGGUUCCCUCUGCCUUCCAUAGAAACAAAAGCGGAGCAGCUGACGAAACACCUCUUCCUUUUGCUGAAGGACUAUGCAAAGCUCGGGGCUGCCAGGGGUCAGAACUUCCACAUGGUGGUAAAUUGUUUCAAGUGUGUGACCAUACUUGUGAAGAAAGUGAAGUCUUACCAGAUAACCGAAAAGCAGCUCCAGGUCCUACUGGCGUAUGCUGAGGAGGACAUCUAUGAUACAUCCAGACAAGCCACUGCGUUUGGCCUCCUAAAGGCCAUCUUAUCAAGAAAGUUGCUGGUCCCUGAAAUUGAUGACGUCAUGCGGAAAGUAUCCAAGUUGGCCAUUUCUGCUCAGAGUGAACCUGUCCGGGUCCAGUGCAGACAGGUUUUUCUGAAAUAUAUUCUUGACUAUCCCCUGGGUGAUAAAUUGAGACCGAACUUGGAAUUCAUGCUUGCUCAACUAAAUUAUGAACAUGAGACCGGCAGAGAGUCCGCCUUGGAAAUGAUUGCUUAUCUCUUUGACGCGUUCCCUCAGGGACUGCUCCAUGAGAACUGUGGAAUGUUCUUUAUUCCUCUUUGUCUAAUGAUGGUGAAUGAUGACUCUGCCCUGUGUAAAAAGAUGGCAUCCAUUGCGAUCAAAUCCUUACUCAGUAAAAUCAACCUUGAGAAAAAAGAUUUUCUUUUCGAUAUGGUUACCACCUGGUUUGGAGCAAAGAAGAGCUUAAGUAGACAGCUGGCUGCCCUGGUCUGUGGAGUGUUUGUGGAAAGUGAAGGAGUCGCUUUUGAAAGAAGACUUGGAACCGUUCUCCCUGUGAUUGAAAAGGAAAUUGAUCCUGAAAACUUUGAAGAUAUCAUGGAAGAGACUAAAGAAAAAGCUGCAGAUCGCCUUCUGUUCAGUUUUCUCACACUGAUAAGUAAACUCAUCAAGGAAUGUAAUAUUAUUCAGUUUACCAAACCCUCUCAGACUUUGGGUAAAAUCUGGAGCCACGUGCACGCUCACCUGAGACAUCCACACAACUGGGUGUGGCUCACGGCAGCCCAGAUUGUUGGAUUGCUCUUUGCCUCUUGCCAACCAGAGGAGCUUAUUAGAAAACGGAAUGCCAAAAAAACUAAAAGGAAACUCUCAGAACCUGUAGCAGUCAGGUUCCUAGCAAGUGACCUUGACCAAAAGAUGAAAAGUAUCUCCCUAGCCUCUUGCCAUCAGUUACAUUCCAAAUUCUUGGAUCAGUCUCAAGGAGAGCAGGUUGUUAAGAAUUUGUUGUUCGUAGCUAAAGUAUUAUAUUUACUGGAACAUGAUUCUGGCGAUAAGCAAGGUCAGAUGAAAGAAGGCAUGGAAGAACAAGAAGCUGUAGCAGGUGGUGUGGCCAGAGAGGCAGUAGAACAUGAGGCCCAUGCAGAUGGGAAGGCGGAAUCUGACCAAGAACAGAAUGAAGAGGGGAAGAAAGAGCACAGCAAGCCAACCACGCUGCUGUGGUUGAUCCAGAAGUUGUCUCGGAUUGCAAAACUGGAAGCUGCUUACUCACCUAGAAACCCCUUAAAGAGAACAUGCAUCUAUAAGUUUCUCGGAGCUGUGGCGAUGGAUCUUGGAGUAGACAAGGUGAAGCCGUAUCUCCCAGAGAUCAUAGCUCCUUUGUUCCGAGAACUGAACAGCACCUAUUCGGACCAGGAUCCUUUGCUAAAGAAUCUAUCCCAGGAAAUCAUAGAAUUACUCAAAAAGCUGGUUGGGCUGGAGAGCUUCUCAUUAGCCUUCGCCUCUGUACAGAAACAGGCUCAUGAGAAAAGGGCACUCCGGAAAAAGAGGAAGGCUUUGGAGUUUGUAACCAAUCCUGAUAUUGCCACCAAGAAGAAGCUGAAAAAACACAAAAGUAAAAGUGAAGCAAAGAAAAGAAAGAUAGAGUUCCUGCGUCCUGGCUAUAAGGCCAAGAGACAGAAGAGCCAAAGCCUGAAAGAUUUAGCGAUGGUGGAGUAACGUGCCCCCUGUGCUACAGUGUCUCAUGAACUUUCCAGUGUAUCUGCUAGUCAGAAGUCACAGCAGGUUUUAUUAUUUAAGCUAAACUUUGGCAGAGAUUGUAUAUUAUACAGUUUAAUAUAAUCAUGCUCAUAUUUUUUUAAUUAAUUAAAUUAAAACAUUUCUAAUACUA